AUGACGACACAAUGUGAACAUAAUUGUUUUUUUCGACUUGACAAUCACAUCUUCAUACCGAUUUCUACAAUACUUUGUGUUAUUUUUAUCGUUUUAAGUAAAUCGAAAAAAAAUCGGCAAAAUGGCUGUUUAUCACCAAUUGAACCUUUCGCAAUAAACAAUCGAAAGGAGACUGCUGCCCUUGUUGGUAUAGUUAUGAUCGAAGUGCUGAUGGCUCUCGAAAAUGUAUUAAUUGAUAUAAGUGAACUAUGGAAUCGAGGUGUACUCGAGCAGUUUUUAGAUCGUGUUUUAAUUCCUUUGGUAUAUAGUAUUCGUUAUUAUCCAAUAUUUAUUUCGUUACAACAUCGAAGUCGCUGCAUUCGUCUUCUUGCUUUUAUCUAUAUGAUGGUCAAUAUUAUAUACAUUAUCAUUCGUCGAUGUUUAUGCAUGAAUUUCUUACCAAAGUCGGAAAAAAUAUCAUUAUUAGAUGAAGCGAAACGCCGAUUGGAACUUGGAAAUUGGGUGAUUAUUUAUGGAUUACUUAAAAGUGCACCUCAGUUCAUAUUACUUUCGUACAUUGGGGCAGAACUUGCCGUUCGUUUUUUUUAUGAUGGAAUAUUUUGUUCGAAGAAAAUUAAUGAAAAGCCCGAAGAGGUAAUUACUCCAGGUAUUGGAUUUGGCAUGCAUUCGAAAAGCAGUGAGUCAUCAGAUUCAGUACAGGAAAACAAUGCAUCCUCAACAAUAUGCUCAUCUAUAUGUGGGAUACUCGAUAAACUCAAUCGAUGGGAUAAAACUUUUGGAUUCACCACCAUGUCUACGUGUGCAUAUACGAUAGCUUUUGUUCUGGUUUUCUAUUUGACAUGUAUCUUUGCUUUUCAACCAAUUAUGGAAACAAGCUCCAUGUCCUUCUUAAUAUUUUGUUUGGAACAUACUUUAAAUAUUGAAAUCGAUGAAUGGUCAUUUGAAAAGGAGUUUUUUCUUAGUGCUAUUCUUACAAUGAUCAUCUUCAUUAUUCAAUUAGUCAAGGGAAUAAUGAAAUAUAAGGACCAUACGGAACAAUUGAAAAAAGACAAUUAUGAAGAAAUCUUAUCAAAGUCUAAAUUAGAAGAAAAUUCAAUAGCUCCCAAAUCUGUUGAAUAUAUUGGUGUUGUUUUCUCCAGCGUAGUGGGUGGUUAUUAUAUUUGGUUCCAUAUUAUUUUAAUAAUCGUCAGCAUAUGCAGUCUUUUCUUAUUUCACGCUUUUACACUUCAAACACAUCGUCGUGACUUAAUGUUUUCCUCAGUGGCAUUCAUUGCACCCGUAUUAGCUUUAUAUACAUUGAAACAUUGGAUUACAAAAUGGGUCUGCAUAUUCAGUACUUCCCAUCAAUCUGAAAACGAAUCCAGUACAUGGAAUAAGGAUGUAUAUACAAUUCUAGUUUAUUUAACACUUGUCACCAAUAGUGCAUACAUGGCAUAUGUGUCUUACUUACAUAUGGAAAAAACAUAUAGACAACCAGCUCGACCUGAACUGGAGUCCAUCCCAAUGAAAGAAAUUAUUAAAAGGUCAAUAGGAGUACAAUGCGAUCCAGUUGACCCAAAGAAGAUGGAUGAUGAUUCAGAUAUAAGUGACCAUGAUACAGUAUCUAAAGAAACAGCGGAAGAUGCUUAUGAUUCACUUGCGGGAGAAGAACCUGCUACUACUGAGAAUGAUGACGCAUCGUCAGUAGUAUCAUCACUUUACAACCGACGAGAUAUCAUUUCUACACCCAAAGAUCUUUCGUUGCCUAUAUCUGCUAAUUUGCAGUAUGGACCCAGUAAUAGUCAACAACAUACAACAAAUCUGACAAAUAGAAGAGAAGCAACUGAGCAAAGAUCAGUAUAUAAAUCGGAGCGUGAUCGAAGUGAUUCCCAAAUUUCGAACCGAGGUUCAGCUUCUUCCGAAGAACAGCCGUUAAUAUCAUCGACGUCCACAAGCAAUCAAGAGCCAGGUGAAUCACCAAAUGUCCCUAGGAAAACUUACAAAACGACAAAUGCAAAGUUACGAGAUAACUACUACAAUCAAAGUGACGUCUAA